AAAUUUAGUUUCGUUUUUGUUGUCUUCUAGCGAUGCGGACAAAUUAAGAAGUUGUCGGAUUAUGAGCAUCAAAAUAUAUUUCUAACUUAAGUUAACUGCUCAAAAAUCAAUAAUAGAUGAAUAUUAACGGACAAUUAAGACAAAAAUAUCAUGCCUUAUGAUCGUAUCAGAAGAGAAUAUCCUCUUCAUUUGUGUGUGUGGUUUAAUAAUUACAAAGAACUGGACAAGUAUUUACAAACAUCUGAGAAUGACAUCGAAAAGAAAGAUCCUCGUGGAAGAACACCUUUGAUGCUGGCAGUCACAUUAAACCAUCUAGAAUCGGCUAGAGUUUUACUUAAACAUGGUGCAGAUGUUAUUGUAGAAAAUAAACAGGGAUAUACUGUUGUCCAUGAAGCUGUCAGCACUGAGAAUUCUCAGCUGUUGCAAGAAAUUUUGGAGAAACGGGACUUCCAACGGUACAGCACCAGAGCUAUUGGAAUUCCAGAUUUGCUAUCUAAAAUUCAGAGUACUCCAGAUUUCUAUGUUGAAAUUCGAUGGGAAUUCAUCAGCUGGGUUCCACUCUUAUCCAGAAUGUGCCCUAGUGAUACUUACAAAGUUUAUAAAUGUGGCUCCAGUGUUCGAAUUGAUACAACACUUCUAGGAUUUUAUCACUCAAAAUGGCAGAGGGGUAAUCGGAGCUAUAUUUUUAAGGGUCAUGAUGAUGGUGCUGUUAUCAUGGAAGUGAACCACGAUUCUAAGAAGGUUUUUAUGGAACAGAUGAAAAUACUUCCUCAGCACAUGAUGACAGUCAUGGUUGCCCUCUCACCGUCACCAGAACAAGUAGCUGCUCGUUUCCAAGCACCCAUAGUAGCCACAUAUGUCGACACAGAAAAGAUCCAUUUUGAUAGACUGAAGUCAGGGUUGCUUCAUAGGAAAAGCAGUAAACCGGUGAUAAUAAAUGGCUAUGAAUGUAGGGUUUAUGUUGCCACAAAUGUUGAAUUAGUGACCAAAACACGAACUGAACAUCUAUCAGAAAGUGACAAGAGGAAAUACAAAGCUACAAGAUCAGCUUUUCAAUCUUUCUUAGGUAUUAUGGAAGUGGAUGAACGCACAAACAUGUUAUCAGAAAUACGCUCGCCAAAUCCAAGUUCAAUAACUCCAGAAGAAUACUUUGAUCCUCUCGUUGACCUGAAAGGACGUGACAUUGGCCGUCCUAGAGAAGUUACUACUAAAAUGCAAAAAUUUAAAGGAACUUUAUGGCUGUGUGAAAAUUAUCCAUUAUCUCUUCAAGAGCAGCUGAUACCUAUAAUUGACUUGAUGGCAAUAAGUAACAGACAUUUUGCAAAACUUCGAGACUUUAUACUUCAUCAGCUGCCUGCUGGUUUCCCUAUAAAAAUGGAGGUGCCGCUGUUUCGGGUUCUUCAAGCCAGAGUUACGUUUGGUAAUGUAUUUGCCUUAGAUUCUCCUGUACCUUAUGUUUCACCAUACAAGAUUGAUGGGUGUCUUGCAUGUGAAAUUGACACAGCUUGCUUUGAUGUGCCUGAUAAUUACGUCAAGUUUGGUAACACGCAGGCAAAUCGUUCAGCUGAGAAACCACCAAUGACUGCAGAAAGCCUAGCUGAGAGGAGAGAGGAAAGAAAGCAGAAACUUUUGAUGAAAUAUGGAUAUACAUCACCACCAGCUCCUUGCACAACAGCCACUUCUCCCAUCAGCAUGUAUUCUGGGGGCAGUUUACCAGCUCAACCAUCGACAAGCACAGGUGCCUCUGCUUCUGGGGAAACUUCAAAUCAAACAGAAGGAGGUCGCACUUGGAGGACUGUUGCCAGAAAACUGAAGCUUGCAUUUACGAAACAUUGAUACAGAUUAGACAUUAGAAUUAUUUUUAGAAACUGGUCGUACCAUGAUUUUCUUAAGAUUUCCUGUAUCAGCUAGUCAUACGGCAGUUCUUCCUUUCAUUCCAGCAUUCUCUCUGGCCAUCCAUAUAUCAUAUAGAGGGGUGUGUAUCAUAAUCAUGAGCCAUCUUUUAUAUAUUUAUACAUAUUAUACAUACAUUUAAGCUAUAUACAAAUUUAUUGAUGUCUGUUUUUAACUAUACAUUCUUUAGGAGAUAUUAUGAUCUUUGUAUAAAUUUUUAUGCUUAUUUAUUUUAGUCAUGUACUUAAAUAAACUAUUAUAUACUCUCUGUCAAUAAUUAAUGUGGUGUGUAAGCUAGUGCUUUCGAGCUAUAUUGCUGAAAGUGUAAUAGUGCUUUUGUAAAAAGGAAAAAUGCUAAUUAAUGCCAAUUUUUUUUCCAUGACAAUUACGGAACAGUUGUUUCGACAAAUUUUUUUCCUUUUAAUUAGCUCACUGUUAUUAUUCAGAAGUGAAAAAAAAAUGU